CCCUCGGCGCACCGCCCCGAGGGACACUUCCGGCGGCGGUUCACUUCCUGGUUGGGUGGAUGGAGCCGGGCGGGAGCGCGCGCGGGGGAGGGGCGGCGGGUCAGUCUCCGCCGGGCGCUCCCGGGAUCAGCUGGCGCGCGGGCGGGCGCCGAACGCGGCCCCGGCUCUCGCUGCAGCGCCGCCUCCUCUCUGCGUCGCAGGCCGGCCCGGCGGCCGUGACAAUGUCGCGGGGCUGGUAGCUGGGCGCCAGCCGCCGAGCCAUCUCAAGUUUAAACUUACACGAAUCGCUCUCUGGAGGAGGAGGGGACCCGCCGCGCGAUUGACACGCGUAUUCCUAUAGGCAUCCUCCCUCAGCCCCCACCCCCACGGCCGGAUUCGGGUGGCUCCUCUCCGAGCUGAAAUCCGAGGAGAAAUCCUUGGAUCUCUUUUCUUAAAAAAAAAAAAAAAAUCUAGAAACCUUCGGUAUUUUGCUUUGCUGCUUCCUAUUUGCAAGAUGAAGAAGUUUUUCGACUCCCGGCGAGAGCAGGGCGGCUCUGGCCUGGGCUCCGGCUCCAGCGGAGGAGGGGGCAGCACCUCGGGCCUGGGCAGUGGCUACAUCGGAAGAGUCUUUGGCAUCGGGCGACAGCAGGUCACUGUGGACGAGGUGUUGGCGGAAGGUGGAUUUGCCAUCGUAUUUCUGGUGAGGACAAGCAAUGGGAUGAAAUGUGCCUUGAAACGCAUGUUUGUCAACAAUGAGCAUGAUCUCCAGGUGUGCAAGAGAGAAAUCCAGAUAAUGAGGGACCUGUCGGGGCACAAGAACAUUGUGGGUUACAUCGAUUCUAGUAUCAACAAUGUGAGUAGCGGCGACGUAUGGGAAGUUCUCAUUCUGAUGGACUUCUGUAGAGGAGGCCAAGUGGUAAACCUGAUGAACCAGCGCCUGCAGACAGGUUUUACAGAGAAUGAAGUGCUCCAGAUAUUUUGUGAUACUUGUGAAGCCGUUGCCCGCCUGCAUCAGUGCAAAACUCCUAUUAUUCACCGUGACCUGAAGGUUGAAAAUAUCCUCUUGCAUGACCGAGGCCACUAUGUCUUGUGUGACUUUGGAAGUGCCACCAACAAAUUCCAGAAUCCACAAACUGAGGGAGUCAACGCAGUAGAAGAUGAGAUUAAGAAAUACACAACACUGUCCUAUCGAGCACCAGAAAUGGUCAACCUGUACAGUGGCAAAAUCAUCACUACGAAGGCAGACAUUUGGGCUCUUGGAUGUUUGUUGUAUAAGCUAUGCUACUUCACUUUGCCAUUUGGGGAGAGUCAGGUGGCAAUUUGUGAUGGAAACUUCACAAUUCCUGAUAACUCUCGGUAUUCUCAAGACAUGCACUGCCUAAUUAGGUAUAUGUUGGAACCAGACCCCGACAAAAGGCCAGAUAUUUACCAGGUCUCCUACUUCUCAUUUAAACUACUCAAGAAAGAAUGCCCAAUUCCAAAUGUACAGAACUCUCCCAUUCCUGCAAAGCUUCCUGAACCAGUGAAAGCCAGUGAGGCAGCUGCAAAAAAGACCCAGCCAAAGGCCAGACUGACGGAUCCCAUUCCCACCACAGAGACUUCAAUUGCACCCCGUCAGAGGCCUAAAGCUGGGCAGACUCAGCCGAACCCAGGAAUCCUUCCCAUCCAGCCAGCCCUGACACCUCGGAAGAGGGCAACGGUUCAGCCCCCACCUCAGGCUGCAGGACCCAGCAAUCAGCCUGGCCUUUUAGCUAGUGUUCCCCAACCAAAAACCCAACCCCCACCCAGCCAGCCUCUGCCACAACCUCAGGCCAAGCAGCCACAGGCUCCGCCCACCCCACAGCAGACGCCUUCCACUCAGGCCCAGGGUCUGUCCACUCAGGCCCAGGCCACACCCCAGCACCAGCAGCAACUCUUCCUCAAGCAGCAGCAGCAGCCGCAGCAGCCACCGCCACCACCACAGCAGCCAGCAGGCACAUUCUACCAGCAGCAGCAGCAGCAGCAGGCCCAGACUCAGCAGUUUCAAGCCGUACAUCCAGCACCCCAGCAGCCAGCGAUUGCUCAGUUCCCCGUGGUGGCUCAAGGAGGCUCUCAGCAGCAGCUGAUACAGAACUUCUACCAGCAGCAACAACAGCAGCAGCAGCAGCAGCUGGCCACAGCCCUGCAUCAACAGCAGCUGAUGACUCAGCAGGCUGCCUUGCAGCAAAAGCCCGCUGUGGCCGCAGCACAGCAGCCCCAGGCGCAGCCGGCGGCAGCAUCGCAGCCAGCCCCUGCCCAGGAGCCAGCGAUUCAAGCCCCAGUAAGACAACAGCCAAAGGUUCAGACAACCCCACCACCUGCUGCCCAGGGGCAGAAACUUGGAUCUCUCACUCCUCCGUCGUCCCCCAAAACCCAACGUGCUGGCCACAGGAGGAUUCUCAGUGACGUCACUCACAGUGCAGUCUUUGGGGUCCCAGCCAGCAAGUCAACCCAGCUGCUCCAGGCAGCUGCAGCUGAGGCCAGUCUCAACAAGUCCAAGUCUGCAACUACCACUCCGUCAGGCUCUCCUCGGACCUCCCAGCAAAAUGUCUAUAAUCCUUCAGAAGGUUCUACAUGGAAUCCCUUUGAUGAUGACAAUUUCUCCAAACUCACAGCUGAAGAACUGCUAAACAAGGACUUUGCCAAGCUGGGGGAAGGCAAACAUCCUGAGAAGCUCGGAGGCUCAGCCGAGAGUUUGAUCCCAGGCUUUCAAUCAACCCAAGGUGAUGCUUUUGCCACGACCUCAUUUUCUGCUGGCACCGCUGAAAAAAGGAAGGGUGGGCAGACUGUGGACUCUGGCCUCCCACUUCUAAGCGUAUCUGAUCCUUUCAUUCCUCUUCAAGUACCUGAUGCACCAGAAAAACUAAUUGAGGGACUCAAAUCUCCUGACACUUCUCUUCUGCUCCCUGAUCUCUUGCCUAUGACAGAUCCUUUUGGUAGCACUUCCGAUGCAGUAAUUGAAAAAGCUGAUGUUGCUGUUGAGAGUCUCAUACCAGGACUGGAGCCCCCCGCUCCCCAGCGCCUCCCAUCUCAGACGGAAUCUGUGACCUCGAACCGCACAGCUGCAGAAGAUAGUAAUCUCAUCUCAGGUUUUGAUGUCCCUGAGGGCUCGGACAAGGUGGCGGAAGAUGAGUUUGACCCUAUUCCUGUAUUGAUAACCAAAAACCCACAAGGUCUCCAGAGAGAGUCCAAUCCCUGUCCUGUAAUAACUGUAGAGCACUUUAAAGAAUCGACGGGUGUUAAAGGCCUUCCCCUGUAUCCAGACCCAUCCAGAGUCCCUGGCACAAAGACUCAGAACAGCUUAGAAUCCGACUACUUGGCCAGAGAUGGCCCUUCAAGCAACAGCUCGUUCCACAGCAGCGAAGAGGAAGGGACUGACCUUGAGGGAGACAUGCUAGACUGCAGUGGGUCUCGACCUCUCCUUAUGGAGUCCGAAGAAGAAGAGGAGAGCUGCAGACCACCCCAGGGGAGGCUGGGAGGAGCCAUUCCAUUUACUCUGCCAGAAGUCUCUACCGAGCAAGCAAAGACAGUACAAGGUAGAAGAAAGAACGAGUUCCAAGCCCUCACUCAACCAGCCAGUGAUGGCCUCGGUGAGCCAGAUGUUUUUGCCACAGCCCCCUUCAGGAGCUCUAGGCUUCCAACUGAUGACAUGGACAUUUUCUCCAAAGCCCCAUUUGUCUCCAAGGUUAGUGUGGCUUCUUCCCAGCCGGAGGAGGCAGAUGUGUUUUUGAGAGCUCCUUUUACUAAGAAGAAAAGCAUGGAGGAGUUAACAGUUGUCCAGAGCACCUCCCAGGAGUUGCCUAUACAGGCUAGUCUCCUGAGUCAGACAGGUGAUGUCCCUUUGCUCUCAGGCCCUGAGAGAGCUGUGUACACCUCUGUCCGAUCUCAGUAUUCUAUGGCUGGUUUUGUGCAACAGUCCAACCUCCCCUCCCAUUCUGACCAUCUUGACAGCAUCUCUCCCAGGGGGUCCUCUCUGGAACCUGGGGGCCAUCCUAAUGACAGAAACAAAGGACCUCAGCCCCAGAAAGAAGGUGUCACGGGCCCGGUAGCUGGCAAACCAUUCCGCCCCCAGUCCUUAUCCAAAUAUUCCCGUCACUACAGCCCAGAAGAUGAGCCAAGUCCAGAAGCCCAGCCCAUUGCUGCCUACAAAAUUGUUUCACAAACCAACAAGCAGUCAAUAGCUGGCUCUGUUUCCGUCACACCCCUUUCCUCCAGGACUACGGAGCUGCCAGCUGCUGAUCCUUUUGCUUUAGCACCCUUCCCUUCAAAAUCAGGCAAGCAGAAACCUUAGGAGCAAUACCUGAGCCUUAGGCAUCUCUCUCCCCCCAUCCUCAGUGCCCACCAACCACAUCACUCCCCAGCUGAGCCUUUCCAAGAAGAAAUAUUAUCAAUUAUCUUUUAAUUCCUGCAUCAGAGCAGAACUUCUUCAGUCAGCAAACUCAGUUGCAGUGAUACUUAGUUGGAGCCCAUUUAAGUUAUGUUCAUUUCUUUUGUUUAUUUUGAUUUAUGGAUUUUCAGACAUUUCCAUCUCCUUCUUGGGAGUCUUCCACCUCCACCCAGAACUCUGCUUUUUUUAAGCCCAGAAACUGUUUUAAUCUAGAAAUACUUCACCCCAAUCCCAAAGGGGCCAUAUUACUGCUAGUUUUAACUCCUGUAGCUCCUGUUCUAAGUCAUACCCCUUGAAGAAUCAAGAUUAGUCCCUCCAGGGCUUGAUUUAAUACUCUUGGGAAGGGGAGAUUUCUGGAAAGAAGCACAAGAUAAAAAUCCUGCAUAUCAAGAGGAAGUAUAAUCCUGCAGCUACUAAUCAUUCCUGUAGAGCCCGCAGCUCUAGAAGGAGUCCCUGGAUCUGUUUGAGUCUGCGUGCAAGCCAGGCUGGCCCUUGUGCAUGCAAGCGUGUGUCUGUGGAUGUGUGAUGUGCAUCAGAUCCUUUCCUAUGUAGAAACAGAUGCAGGUGGAAUGACUGUGCUCAUGCCUAAUCAUGUUGGCAGAGCCUUACCCACAUCCACAGUUUUUAAAUCAGUAUGAGUGCACAGGUAUGGGUAUGCAUGUGCGUGUGUGAGUGUGUGUGUGCACACGCACAGGAAGCAUUUCUCCUUUAGGUAAAUCCUGUCCCACCAAGCUUACCCCUGCAGUCAGAUCACUCAUUUACUGGCGUUUGUCUGAUCAUCUGACUUGAAUGCUGUUUUUAUUUAUUCAAUUUUCUUCUCAUGGCAAAACUGAAUUCAUUGGAAGGUGUAGGAAGAUCCUGCUGGAACUGAGGUUUCAGGGUGGACUUUUUUCUCCAGAAUUUGCUCUUUGCUAUUAAUCAGUUCCAUUUGCCCGAUUAUAAAAAAUUAAUUAUCCUUAUACACUUUUCCCUCACAACAGUAAAAAAGAGUACCUUGUUCAGUUCCAGCCACUGGGUAUGUGCACUCAGUGCCAUUAUGACGGAAUUCAUGAAUCACAAGACUAGGCUACAAACUAGAUUUACUUGGUUUUUUUUGUUUUUCUUUUUCCUAAAUCCUUGCCAUAUUUCUCUAUUGCCUCUUGAGGAAAUAAUAAAUCUGAAACAUAGAAGUUAAGUUUGGCAGAAUGGAAAAGAGCUGAAUCGGCUAGGCAUGAAAGCUUUUAAAUUCUCUGUCCCGUUCACAUGUUGAAGUAGGCCAGAUGGGUGACUGACUUGUGUUUUUGAAAAUGUCUUUUAUUUCUGGAAAGACAUAUUCCUAGCUUUUUCCAUACCCUUCAUUAUUAGUGCCUUAAAAUAAAACCUACAUUAGAAUGGGAAGACCUCUGCUGAGGAAGUUCAACUUAAUGGAAAGAGUUGCUGCUGCGAGUUUCAACUUGAAAGCAUCCUGUCACUUCCAGUACAUGUUAGUGAUUUCCCCAUCAGCUGGAGAGGUUCACACAGUUGUUACAGACCAGACUGACGAUUUAAGAAUUAUUGGAAAUUCAUCCAAGAAUCAAGCCUAAAUGCCAAAUUCUAUUGAAAUGGAUUAGGUGUGAUAUUAAGUUCAGGGAUCUUGGCAGUAAAAUAAGAACAGCUACUUUUCAGCACUUUUUUCUUUUUUGGUUAGUCUUCACAUAUUUCAGAUGUCCAGGAUUAAAGAUAAUUGGCACUGUGUCGGGGUUACCAGCGAUCAUUUUCCAACUGAGGUCUCAACUGUACUAGAAAUCUGUAUCUUUGACUUUGGUGGACAAUAAGUGUUUGUUCUAAGAGUUUGCCUUCUCCCAAUUAUCAUUUCUGAUUUUUCUGUGUAACUAUGGGUACAAAAUUGUUUUUCUAGAUGAAUGAAUAAUUCUGGCUAAUGCACAUGGAACUUUAUUAUCAAGGGAAGCCCUCCAGAGCAUGAGCUAAGAGGCUAGGAAUAUUCAGAGUGUUCUCACCCCAAAUUAGAAACUCUUAAAAGUGGGAGCUCAUUCUAAUUCACUCAUCCAAAUAUUCAGUAUUACUUCUACAGCCCUACAAAAUGUUUUUCCUUUGGUUAUUUGAUUAUCCUAAUCAAGUGGCUAUUUUGAUUAUCAAAGUACAAAUCAGAAUGAAAUCAUGGUGAUUUUAAUGUUUCAAAUGCGUUUUUUUUUUUUUUUUGAGACAGAGUCUUGCUGUG